GAUUUCAAUAGACUUGUUCCUGGUUGCUAUAGGUAACGGGUAUACCACAACCAAUGCAUAGAAAGAGUAUAUAAUUGCAGCUAACCACGUGUGUACGACUACCAACCAGUGGACCUAUCAUAGUCACCAUGGACCAUAGAUAGCGGCAACAUACAGCGGACACGUACAGCGGACACAGAGUGGACAAGUACAAUUAUCUACUUAUACUACGAAGUGGAUGCAAUUGUGACAACAGGAAAAAGACGAGUGAUCUACAAAAUAACUAGACCAACUGGAAAUAAGUUAUGCAUGGACACGUACAUCUUUGUUUGAGGGAAUUUUGUAUUGAGACAUACGGCAGGGAACAGUGGGAGAAAGUUCUGAAGGAUGCUGACCUUGAUGACGAUAACGAUUUCAUGUUGUUCCAUUACUACAAAGACGAUAACACAUUCAAACUGGUUGGAGCAAUCCAAGGUGUCGUGGGUAUCGACCUACCCCAGCUACUGGAGUCAUACGGUCGCCAUUUCUAUAAGUAUGCCUAUUCCCGUGGUUAUGAUCGUAUGAUGAAAACCUUAGGGCGGGACUUCGUCUCUUUCGUCCAGAACCUUGAUCUGCUCCACUCGCUGUUGGCACUUACCUACAAGGGAAUGCGUCCUCCGCAGUUUCGGUGUGAGAGGAAGAACAACAAGCUGUUAGUACACGUAUACACAGUGAGGCCAGCUAUGUACCCGGUCGCUGUAGGUACAUUGAAGGAAGUGGCUAAGGAACUGUUCGAUACAGAAAUAGAGAUGGAGCUUGUCGAAAGAUUAACUGGACAAAUAUUUGAAUCAAAGUUUUGUGAGCAUGUGAUUUUUGACGUGAAAGUUAUUGGCGUGGAUCGGGGAAUGGGUAUAAAUGUAUCAAAUAAUCGAAACUGUAGCGUAGUCUUGGACAAAGGAAUCCGACCAGAAGACCUGGACCACUACAUGGAUAACCAGAUGGUCAGUCUGCCUCGCCGUAGUUUACACCUGGCAAUUCCUUACAGUGUCAUCUUUAACGAGAACAUGCACAUCCUCGGGGCUGGCCUACAUCUGAAGACGCUGUGCUCAGACCUAGGAAAAACUAACGUUAAGUUCAAUGACGUGUUUGAAAUCAAGGAGCCAAGUGUGACUCUGUCGUUUACCAACAUCAUGAAUUGUUCCAACACAUACAUGUACUUUUUCCUGCAAAUGAAGCCGAGGAAGGGCAUAAAUAACGUAGAAGAGGAAUGUCCGUUACUCCGAGGUCAUAUGGUUCCUCUGGAAAACAGAAAGCAUAUUGCUUUCCUCGGCAGUCCAUUCUUCGAGGGUAUCAGUGACCUAUUGGCGUCCACGUGCUACCUCAACAACAUCCCACAAGACCAGAUCACCAUGGAGAUUAUGUUUAUGAAUGAACAGCGGAGAGCUGACGUAGAGAUGAGUAAGAAGCUAGACGAGACGACUGCCAGCAUGAAAAAGCUAGCCAAUGCUCUAGAGGAGGAAAAGAAAAAGACUGAUACCCUCUUGUACGAUAUGUUACCAGUCAAGGUGGCAGACCAGUUGCGGGAUGGGCAAACGGUUUCCGCGGAGAAGCAUGAAUGUGUUACCAUUCUAUUCAGCGACAUUGUGACGUUCACCAACAUGGCGGCCAAAUGCGAACCUAUUCAAAUCGUCGACCUGUUAAAUGAACUUUUCAUGAGAUUUGACAAUUUGUCAACGGAAUAUGACGUAUAUAAGGUUGAAACAAUUGGUGAUGCAUAUAUGGUUGUGUCGGGAGUUCCGGAAUCUAUCGCUGAUCACGCGCAGAGGAUUGCCACCAUGGGGUUAGGAAUGGUAGCGGAAACGGAGCGUGUUAUUUCCCCUGUCACGGGCAGUCCAAUCCAGAUACGAGUGGGGAUCCACACGGGGCCAGUGGUGUCAGGAGUGGUGGGUACAAGAAUGCCGCGUUACUGUCUGUUCGGGGACACCGUCAACACCGCAUCACGCAUGGAAAGUCACGGAGUACCAGGCCGGGUUCAUGUCAGCUGUUCCACAUACCAAAAACUAAUCGGUACGGAAUAUGACCUGGAGCCAAGAGGAGAGGUUGAAAUCAAAGGCAAAGGUUUAAUGAACACGUAUUUCAUCAAUGGCAAAUCCACCAAUGCUAUGUCGCUCCAGAUACCAGACGACAGCACUGUACGGGAUAUAGGUGUCUCGGACACUACCGAUACCACCAACCUGCAACACGACAAAGUUACCGACAGAAUACCCUUCACGAAUAGUCAUCAGGAAAAUGCAUCACCUUCAGCAAUGAUCACAAAAGAAAAGAGAGAAAAUAUGAAGGGGGAGGUGAAAAGUUCACUGUGCCUUAUACUAUAGAGCUCGUUGUGUCUGAUUAUAAUUAAAAGUCAAACUUUAAUUUACAGUGCAUGAAACAAAGUCUAAGCACGUUGUGUCUUACUCAAAAGGACACCAUUAAAGUUCACUUUACCUUAUUAUAUGGAUAAGUCAAACCUCACUGUCUCAUACUAUAAACUGGUAAAGCUCACUGUGUCUAAUAAAAGCAAUCAAAGCUCGCUGUGAAUACAUUUUUAAUACACGACCUUCAAAUCCGAUCUAGAUGGAACUAAAUGCGACCUACAUGUACAAAGCUCAUUUUGUCUCAUGUUGUACAACAUCAAUUAAAUCGUUAUUUGCCGGAAAUAUUCAUGUCUGUAAAAAUUCACUUUGCUUGAUACUUAUCAUAUCAUUAUCAUUAAACGCUCACUCUUUUCAGCAAUAUAAACAUAAAAGCACACUUUGUCCGAUACUAUAAGCAUCAAAGCAGUGUUGCCCGAUAUUACAAGAGGCCCAAGAGGGCUUGUA